GAACAACCUACCAUCUGUUCAGAUCAUUAAUCAUUGUGAAUUACUAGUAUUAAACUUUUUUUCUUCACAACGCGUGUUGGAUGAACACAACGUAUCUAUCUCCAUCUACAAUCAUCAAAGACCUGUUGGAAGUUCCCAAUUUUUCGUCAAAUCAGAAGGUGACCCAUAUCUUGAUCGCACAUGUGAUGGCCUUGGAGGAAGAUGUUAACUUGUCAGCUUUGAAAUCUCAACUAAGCCAAACACACAUAACAUGGAAGCAGGAGAUGGAGCAAAACCAAUCACAAGUAGACAUAUUACAAGCAAAACUCACAGAGGUUAAUGCUUGUAUACAGGGGUCUGAGGAUGAUAGAAAAAGGGAGUUAGAGGUUCUUUGGCGGAGAGUUAAAACUGCAGCAACAUUAUUGACGUACUUGAAAUCAAAAGCAAGAAUCAUGGCUGUUCCUCAUUUAGCCCAUACCUCAUGUGGUAUCAAACAAUUAGAUGGGGUGGGGCUUGUUGACAAAAAUGGCUUACCACUGUCUGAUUGGUCUAGGAAUGUUGAUCUUUCUUCCUUUGACAGUCCAGAUGAGGAAACGUGGUUUGGAAUUAGUAAUCAGCAAGGUUCCCCUGAUGUACAAGAUGGAGCUUAUGUUAGUGAAUUACUGAAGAGUGUGCAAAUGGUCACAGAUGUUAUGGAAACUCUUGUCAAGAGGGUUAUUAUGGCAGAAUCGGAAACUGCUAUUGAGAAAGAGAAGGUAACAUUAGGACAUGACGAGAUUAAAAAGAAAGCAAUCCAAAUAGACAACAUGUCAAUGAAGUUAGAGGAAAUGGAAAAAUUUGCCCUGGGUACAAAUUGUAUUUUAAAUGAGAUGCGACAGAGGGUAGAAGAUUUGGUAGAAGAAACAUCUAGACAGAGGCAACGAGCUGCUGAAAAUGAGCAGGAGCUUUCCCGCGUGAAGCAAGAUUUUGAAUCCCUGAAAUCAUAUGUUAAUAGUCUUAUAUGUGUCAGAGAAACACUUCUUUCAUCCGAGAAGCAGUUUCAAACGAUUGAAAGGCUUUUUGAACGGCUAGUUGAGAAGACGACACAGCUCGAGACUGAGAAAAUGCAGAAAGAAACUGAAGUCCAGAAACUUAUGGAAGACAAUGUGAGGUUGAGUGCUCUUCUUGACAAGAAAGAGGCUCAACUCUUGGCCAUGAAUGAACAAUGCAAGGUAAUGGCCUUGAGUGCAUCCCAUACCUAGUCUGGGGUCUUUGAUUGCUCGUCGCCUUGAUGGCUUAUCGGCUUAAUUCACUUGCUAGCCUUCCAGCUGCGUCAGUCAGCGAUAUUGGAUCGGGAGGUCUGCUUAGGAUUUUUUUCGCUUCAAAUGUACCAUUGAGAGAACCUGUCAAGCUAUUGUUGUUAUCGAGUAGAUGUUUGACAUUAUUGCUGUAAAUCAGUGAAACGGUUUUUGAUCUGAUCUUACCCUGAUACCUGCUAAGCAUUUAAUUUUUUUUUUUUUUUUUACAUGGUCCUGGCCAAUUAUAAACCGACACGCAAGUAAAUGUUUCAACUUUAUUCAAAUUUGAAUUUUCUUUUUGCGUGUCAUAUUGUGAUUGGCCUAGUCCCAAAUUAUGUAAUAAUUUCUCCUAUGAGUUGGUAGUUUUCCAAAGGAGAGCUAAAAUUUUUGGAUGGUGAUGGUGAGAAAUAA